GGUCAACUGAGUUAAUGAAGACUGAACACUGUAAUUAAGGAUAGACUGAAAAAUUUUAAUGGCCUUUUUACUGCUUACCAACUUUCCCUUAUUAUAACGGAAAUAACUCAAAGAUGGUAGGGGUUAAAACGGACAUUGUCUAUUGCUGUUAGUCUUUCUUGAAACUAUUGAAAUCGUAGCGCUUCAAGAUUGUCGGGUACUUUUGGCGGUUGCUGCAGUUGCUGCGCGUGUGUUUUAAGACGGACUACGUCUCCUGAUAUUCCUUGUGUGUUCCUUUCAUUCUCUCCAGUCUUUAUACAUAAUGAAAAUUAUCAAAUCGUCCGAAACUGUGAAGGUGCCUCCAGGCAUAAAAGUAAAGGCCAUUAAAAGAGUGGUUUACGUCAAAGGUCCUCGUGGGUCACUGAAACGCGACUUCGGUCAUUUAUCCCUAGACAUCAAAGUUUUCUCAAAAAAGAUUGUUGUAACGAAGUAUUUCGGCAACAGGAAAGAGCUGGCUGCUGUCCGAACAGUCUGUUCCCAUAUUGGAAAUAUGAUAAAAGGUGUUACAUCUGGAUAUCGUUAUAAAUUGAAAUCCGUUUAUGCCCACUUCCCCAUCAACAUGAUUCCAUCCAACGAUGGUUCCAAAUUGGAGAUCCGCAACUUUUUAGGAGAGAAAGCCAACAAACUCGUACCUAUGGAACCAGGUGUAAAAAUCUCCGCCACUGGAGUGAAAGAUGAAAUUCAGGUUGAGGGCAAUGAUAUUGAAAAAGUGGCAAAAUGUGCUGCCCUUAUUCAGCAGUCCUGCAAGGUCAGACAUAAGGAUAUUCGUAAAUUCCUUGAUGGUAUAUAUGUAUCUGGCAAAGAAGCUAUUGAAGCUAAUUGAAUAAAAUAUAGCUAACCUCGG